AUGACUCGGUCCUCUAGAUUCCUUGGAACCGCAUCGCCACCACCGCCGGAAGAAAUCCUCGCCGCAGAGACCGACAUGGUUGUGAUUCUCUCAGCUCUUCUUUGCGCCCUCAUAUGCGUAGCCGGCUUAGCCGCAGUAGCUCGCUGCGCUUGGCUCCGACGUCUCACCGGUGUUAACUCCUUGGCCGUCGGAGAAUCUCCUCCGCCGCCAAACAAAGGCCUCAAGAAGAAAGCACUUCAAUCCCUCCCUAAAUCCACCUUCACCGCCUCAGCCGACUCGCCGUGCUCCUCCUCCGGAGAAGGAGACUCCUCCACCGAGUGCGCCAUAUGUUUAACGGAAUUCUCAGACGGUGAAGAAAUCAGAAUCUUGCCGCUAUGUAGCCACGCCUUCCACGUGGCGUGCAUAGACAAAUGGUUGACUUCUCGGUCUUCGUGUCCUUCUUGCCGUCGGAUUUUGGUUCCGGUGAAGUGUGAUCGGUGUGGCCACCACGCUUCCACGGCGGAGAGUCAGAUCAAAGAUCAGCCUUCCCAUCCUCAUCAACAUCCUUCACAGUUCACUACCACCAUUAUUCCAGCUUUUCUUCCUUGA